UUCCCAGUGUCCACGUCCUGUCCUCUUGGCGAGAAGAUGAGCGAUGGCAAUUGAGGACAAACACUGCGGGGAGGAAUGGGACUCGGUCUUUUACGACUCCCUGGAACUGUCGUCGUCGUUGCAACAUGACUGCAGCGUUUCGCCGUGUCGCGUGUUUAAAAUCAUCGUCAUCGGGGACACGAACGUUGGGAAGACGUGUUUGACGUACAGGUUCUGCGGCGGUUCUUUCCUCAAGAACCCCGAGGCGACUAUCGGCGUGGAUUUUAGGGAGAAGACGUUGGAGCUCGAUGGAGAAGCCAUUAAGUUGCAGAUCUGGGACACGGCUGGCCAAGAGCGCUUCAGGAAGAGCAUGGUGGAUCACUACUACCGCAGCGCGCACGCUGUCAUCUUCGUGUACGAUGUCACCAGCCUGGCCACCUUCCAGAGCAUCCCCGACUGGAUCGUGGAGUGCAGCCGCCACGCCGUGGGGCCGCUGGUGCCCCGCGUGGUGGUGGGCAACAAGUGCGACAUGCGAGCCCGUCGCGAGGUGCCCACGUCGGUGGCGCAGUGCCUCGCCGACGGGCACGACAUGCCUCUGUUCGAGACGUCGGCCAAAGAUCCCGCCGAGAAAGAGAACGUGGACGCCGUUUUUCUGACGCUGGCCCACAGGCUCAAGAGCCGCAAACCUCUAAGACUGAAACCGCCCUCCGAGAGUGAUGUCAGGCAUCUGUGGAAAACUAGACAGCAGGAAACGGUAACCUGUCAGUGCUGAUGGUCACUGUCCAAUCAAAGGCUUCCUUUAUGCAGUACAGAUUUGCACAAUAUUUCUAUGAAAUGCAUGCAAAAUCAGAAAAAUGUAGCAAAUAUUUAGUGCACAGUGGAACCUUCCAAAGUCGAGCACAAUCGUGAAAUGACAGCGUGAUACUUGGGACAUUUUUCAUGAGUAUCAAAGCUUGGCUGCAUGGAUUUUUGACUUGAUAGUACAAGUAUAUGCUUGAAAUGGAAGUUAUCUGUCGGCCAUUCCACCGGAUUAAAUACAUGAAAUCUAGGUACAUAUAUAUGGUAUGAAUGCCAAUAAGCGAUUCUAUUUUCUUUUUGUUAUAUAUAUUUAAAGUCAUUGUUAUUAUAGAUUUAACAUAAAGAAAAAUAUACUUACUUUUGGCUUUCCGAUUGGCUGCAGCACUAUGUGACUUGUCUUGUACAAUAUUUUUUUUUUCUUAGUGGAAGUAUUCAGAUGACUCUGAUUAAUUAACAUUGACAUUAAUUUUAAAAAUGUGUUGCUUUUAAAUAAAAAUAUUUAAUUUAUAUAAAAAAAACAAACAUGUUUUCUGUUCAUCCUCGGUUUCACUGUCCACUCUGCUAAGUGGGGUUAGUGUCCCUUUAAGGAAAUUCCCCAUAUAUUAAUGACAUCACGCUUCUGCGAUAACAUCAAACCAGUAGCGAGAAUUUUUUUUUAAUAGAGAAUCAAGAUUUUGCAGUUUAAUGAAGUAUAUUCAGUGUUGUUGAUAAUAACAUGUCCACUCUGUUAUCGCGAUAUAUAGAACAAUUUCAAAUCCAUUCAAAAGGUUUAUUUGUCAAAUUGUAGACGUCUCAUCGAGUAUACAAAGUCAUGUGAGCGAUUAUGCUAGUAAAGCUAAGCUGAGGGCAAACAUGAGUAGAAAUGUCCCCUCUGCUAGUGUCCACUCUGUUAUAUCCAAGUUGAACCUAUGAAAAAAUGACCCUAGCCUGCAAAUGUCGCAAUAUUACAACUAACCACAGCAUACUGAAAGGAGAUAUGUUAAAGGGAUGUUUCCAUUGAUUAAAAAAAGUGAACUAGUUUGUAGCUAUUCUGCUUUUCUUCAACAGUUAUAUGCUAAGAACUAGUUGUAUUUCAGCUACACUCAUUACUACAGUGGUAUGAAAAAGUAUCUGAACCUUUUGGAAUUUCUCACAUUUCUGCAUAAAAUCAUCAAAUGUGAUCUGUUCCUUGUCAAAAUCACACAGAUGAAAAAACAGUGUCUGCUGUAACUAAAAUCACCCAAACAUUUAAAGGUUUUCAUAUUUUAAUGAGGAUAGUAUGCAAACAAUGACAGAAGGGGGAAAAAUACGUAAGUGAACCAUCACAUUUAAAUAUUUCGUGGCCCCCCUUUGGCAGCAAUAACUCCAACCAGACGCUUCCUGUAGCUGCAGAUCAGUCUGGCACAUCGAUCAGGACUAAUCUUGGCCCAUUCUUCUCUACAAAACUGCUGUAAAUCAUUCAGAUUUUGGGAUGGCCGGCAUGAAUUGCUGUCUUUAGGUCAUGCCACAGCAUCUCAAUGGGGUUCAAGUCUGGACUUUGACUUUGCCACUCCAGAACAAGUAUAUUGUUCUUCUGAAACCACUCUGAAUUUCUUGUUGCAGCAUCCAUCCUCUUUUUAGCUUCAACUGUCUGACAGACAGCCUCAGGUUUUCCUGCAAAACAUCCUGAUAAACUUUUGAAUUCAUUCUUCCAUUAAUGAUUGCAAGUUGUCCAGGCGCUGAGGUAGUAAAACAGCCCCAAAUCAUGGUGCUCCCUCCACCAUGCUUCACGGUGUGGAUGCGAUGUUGAUGUUGGUGAGCUGUUACAUUUUUCCUCCACAUAUGUAGUUGUGUGUUACCCCCAAACAAUUCCACUUUGGUUUCAUCAGUCCACAAAAUAUUUUGCCAAAACUUCUGUGGAGUGUCCAAGAGCCUUUUUGUAAACAUUAAACAAGCAACAAUGUUUUUUUUAGACAGCAGUGGCUUCCUCCGUGGAGUCCUCCCAUGAACAUGAUUCUUGGCCAGUUUUACAAACAGUUGAUGUGUGCACAGAGAUAUUAGAGUGUGCCAGUGAUUUCUGUAAGUCUUUAGCAGACACUCUACGGUUCUUUUUUUACCUCUCUGAGCAUUCUGCGCUGAACUUUUGGCGUCAUUGUUGAUUGACGGCCGUUCCUCGGGAGAGAAGCAACAGUGCCAAACUCCAUUUGUAGACAAGUUGUCUGACUGUCGACUGAUGAACAUCCAGACUUUUAGAGAUGGUUUUGUAUCCUUUCCCAGCUUUAUACAAAUCAACAGUCCUUGAAACAGCUCUUUUAACCGAGCCAUGAUGCACAUCAGACAAUGCUUCUCAUGAAGACAUUUCUGACCAGGUGUGUGUUUUAUAGUGGGCAGGGCAGCUUUAAACCACUCAUCAUUGAUUGGGCACACACCUGACUUAAAAUGUUUGGUAAAAUUGGUUUCAAUUGCUCUUUAAGUCUCCUUAGGGAUAGGCUUCACUUACUUAUUUUGCCCACUUCUUUCAUUGUUUGCAUGCUAUCUUCAUUCAAAUAUGAAAACCUAUUACUGUUUGGGUGGUUUUAGUUAAAGCAGACACUGUAUUUUCAUCUGUGUGAUUUUGACAAAGAUCAGCUCACAUUUGAUGGUGAUCUUAAGCUGAUAUGUGAGGAAUUCCAAAAGAUUCAGAUACUUUAUCAUACCACUGUAAUAACAUAAUGUUUUUAUCCUCCUGGUGCAAGCAAGCCUUGAAUUACAUUCAUUCCCUUUGACCUUGAUUUUCAAACAAUGCCACAAAAAUGUCUGACAUGGAAUUUGAAGUGAUUUUUUUGUCU